GAGAUGUAGAUGACUAAUUGAGGGCUGCCGGGUGCUUUAAAUCUUAAGGAUUGUUUCCGAAGCAGCGUGUUUUGCGAUAUAUCACGUGGAUAUUUACCUUAUAAUUCACAUUCUAAAUGACACUAUACAGUGUAAUCUUUCUAUGACCAAUUAUUCCCCACACAACUUCUUAAAUGGAGACCGACGACACUGUUGAACAGUCUCCUCCCUGUAAGAAAGCGUGUACAGAUGAAAAUCUGCCCGAUUUUUUCUUGUUGGAGGAAUUGUCGAAUGUCUUAGGGGUUUGUCCAUACAGGCAGGAACUUGGAGUUGUGAAUCAAGAGCUGGAUUUGCUGGAUGACAUUCAUGUGAGUUGUGUUGCAGACCUCACUCUUAAUGACAUCGGACAAGUUAAUAAAUCGGAGUUCGCUCCCUGUAAUUUUGUGCUCCCUGUUGACCAAAUGUGUAACAACCACUAUUCUGUAUAUAUCCCCCACGGGAGGAGGAACAUAUUCUACAACCCACACUAACUCCCGAGGACCUAGAAUUACCACCCAAGGAGGAGGCUGUGUCAACCUGCCCGGCAAUUGCAAUAGAUGCCAAGCAGGAGGCUUCCGUCUUGCAGCAAGUGUCGUUUCUUCACAAGAAAGGCUUGUGGUCUCCUGACCGUCUACCGAAAGUCAUGGAGCCAAGGUGUGGGAAGUUGCAUCAUGUUCAUCUUCUUAAUGAAGCACUCUGGUUAUCGACAGAUUUCAGUGAAGAAAGAAAGUGGAAGAAGGAAAUUGCUAGCAAGCUUGCUCGUGCUGCACAAGUUUAUCUCAUUACACGCCAUGAAUGGAAUCAACAGUUUCAGCAUUUUGAAGAACAGCUAAGGAUGCGAAACGCGGCUCGUGUGGCAAAAAUAGUUAAAGAUUGGUGGAAUGGUGUACACCAGAACUUAAAUGUCUUACGUAUGAAACUGUACCAUAAACGGUGGGAACAUGCUUGCAAAGAGAAUCAAGGUUCCGUUGCCCAUUUUUCUGAUAUGGGUCCAAGCUGGUUGGGAGCUAUAAAUUAUGACUUGGAAGAUGAUGGUUUCCACGAGUCUGAUAUACCACAGAGUCUGCAUGAUGAAAGAAUCUUGUCACAUGUUGAUGGUGAUGCAGAUGUUGACGAUAAAGAUUGGAAGCCAGAUGUGGAAUACGAUGGGACUAUAAAAUUGGAUAGUUCUAGCAGAUCAACAAGCAGUAGUCUAGCAGCCAGUUUUAUGGAUGAUAGUGAUACGAGUGGUUUAGGAGUUGCUGUUUACUCCUCACCUGAUCAUUUAUCUCCAGAAUAUCAUUCUCCUGAGAUCUCUUCUACUUGCUUAACUGCUUGUUACCAAGAGAAAAAACAAUCUGGAUCGAAAAAAAAACGAAAGACUCAAGAGGAACAGUCACAUGCUUCCGAUUAUGAACCUCAGGAUGAUGUUUCCGAAGAGUCGCGUAACACUGCACCUACAGAAACGCGUUUGACUUCCCUUUCACCAAAUUCUUGUGAUUGCAGCAUCGAGAGUGCUGAAGUAAAAGGUUUGAUGUCCGAUAUGAAAGUGCCUUUAGGUCGUUUUCUUGAACCAUACUUUCAGCAAGGAUGGUAUAUCAAAGACAAAGUUACCUCUAUGUCUGAAUUUUGUUCUUCAGAUUCAGAUAUUGCCAACCUUGAAGAUGACUGUCAUAUGAACAAUAAACUUUCAAAGCGUAUUCAAAAGGAACUUUCAAUUCUUCAGAGUGAAGCAGAUGCACCUUUACUUGAAGUGCUUCCUAAUGGUUAUAUCGAUUUUUUAGCUAGCAUUGAAACAGAGAAAUGCUGUACUGAGCAAACAGUUCAAUCACCUUUACAAAAAAGUCCUUGUGAUUUCAGUCAAUUAUCAGAAGCUGAUAGCAAAAUAGACAAUGGGGACGUCUCCUCUUCUCUUGAAGGCAAUACUGCAAACCUGGAUACUGGUGAUAUAGGUAUUGUACAAGCUGAUACAGUAAGCUCUAGCUCUGAAGAAUCUUCAUUGAUGCACAUUGACAGCAAUGAGUGUGACCAAUUAUCAGAAGAUGAAUUUAUUACAAAUUCUCGUAUGGUUCGUGCACCUUGGUGCUCUACUGAACCUCUUUCUGAAUCUAGUCAAUUAAUAGAUCUACACACAGCUGCUGUUGAAUUAAUUCCAUUAAAAUUGACAUCUAUAGCAAGUACUAAUCCAACUCAAUCUGUCUCUGAAGCAUAUGCAUUGGCCUAUGGUCCAACUCUUCGAAUUCGUUCCCUACCAACUCCUAACCUUGGUGCAGCUGUAACAUGGAUUCGACAUGCAUUUGCUCGAUCCAUUCCAGUACUUUUACUAACAAACAAUCAUUUAUCAGGUGAUGCUGAAUUAGCUGUUGCUGCACAUCUUGGACUACUUGCAGUAGCUGAUCCUCGGUAUUAUAUUCCACCAGAACAUUUGUCCAAUGAGUUGGGAAAUAAUUCAAUCACAGGGGAAUGGGGUCCACAUUUGAUUGUCACUCCACGUUUAUGCCUUCCUGCUUGGCAGAGGCGUUUACAAAUGUGGUGUCCUGGUCUUCGAGUAAUAUGCCUAGGUCUUGCUCGUAAAAUUGAACGGUCUGGGACUGGACAUCGCCUUCGUGACAGUGUAGCUCGAGGCGCUGUAAAUAUCUGUUUAACUAGUUAUUCCGCUCUACGUUCACGACCUAGUCGUUUUUCAAGAAUUCAAUGGAGCUCAGUUAUUUUUGACCAGAUGCAACAUAUUAUCCUGAAAUCUUUCAAGAACACUGGUUUAUUCUAUACAGAUUCACCUAUUCGUCAACAAACUGUCCGAAGAUCAGAUUCACGGAGAUUUCCUACUCAAAAUACAACAACCAAUGAUGAUACUAACAUUCAUUUGGAUAAUAUAACAAUGAAUAUAACUCCUAAACAGCAUAGUCGUUGGUCACUUCCUAAAACAUCUGCUUCAGCAAUACGUCGAAAAUUGGAAUGGUUUGAUUAAUAUUGAAUAAAUUAGGUCGAAUUGGUCAUCGUUUAUUUAUUAGCUCAUCAGCUGAUAUUAUUUAUCAUAAACAUAGUCCAUAUUUAUUAGAUCUUAGUAAAUUACUUCUUAUGAAAGAUUUACCAGAUGAAGAGAAUUAUAGAUCUUGGUUGAAUGAUUUUUUCCAAGCUGUCUGCCUUCCAUCAUCACGUCAUCGUUUCCCACUUAGCUCUUGCUUGUUAACGAAACCGUCAAAGAAACAACUAUUUAAGUUCUUAGAUCCAUUCAUUAUGCGAUUUGAUGAUGAUGAAGAUUGGGAUUCAUUUGUUAACGAAGAGGUUAUUGAAUGUCGUAUGUCAACUGUGCAACAAAAACUUCAUGAUGCUGCAUUAAGUACAAAAGCUGCUGAGAAUGCAAUGAAAACAGGGAAUUUAUUAGAUCUUUUACAAACUGUUUCUGUUGCUGCUCGAGCUUGUAGUCAUCCAGCUUUAACAGGAACUCAACCAAAAAGUUCAAGAGUAUUUCAGCAUACUAUAGAUAAUAUACAAACUAGAAAUGGUGCUAUACAUGGAUCAUUCAUAUUUAAAUCACUUCAACGUGUAUAUGAUUCAAAUAGAAAUUGUUAUUCAAAUUAUGGUCUUAUCUUUAAUACUCCUGAAUCUGUACUAUUAGGUGUUAAAUUAUUUCGACAGAAUAAUUUAUCCUAUACAUCAUGUCAAUACUUUAAUUUAUUUGAAGCACUUCAGUCAUCUAAAUAUACUCGUGAUCGAAUCGCUAUUCUUGUACCACAACACAAUCAGUUAAUAUCACCUCAAAAUAAUAAUAAUAAUAAUAA